AUGAUUCCCUCCACAAGUUACGACUUCCUGGUGCGAGACCUCGUAUCCGGACGGGAGUACGACCUGUGCGUUCUGGCCGUCUACGAUGAUGGCAUGACCUCGCUGACCGCCACGCGCCAGGUGGGCUGCAUCUCAUUCGUCACGGAGACUGAGUACAGCCAGUGCCAGUCGCUCCACAGCCACUUCCUGGGAGGCACCAUGAUCAUCAUCAUCGGAGGAAUCAUUGUGGCCUCCGUCCUCGUUUUCAUCAUCAUCCUCAUGAUCCGGUAUAAAGUCUACAGCCAUCAUGGGGCAGAUUCCGGAAAGGGGACUGCUAUGACAAACGUGCGCUCGCAGACCAAUGGGGGGCAAGCAGCGGGGCAGGUCCCGCGCUCCAGCUCCAAAAUCGUGGAGGGCCAGGAGGCCACGGAAGCGGGUUUAGGGGGGGCUGCCGGAGCCACCGCUAGUUUAAAAGACUCCACUGCCAUGGUGCUGGUCAAAGACUCUGAGACAACUGUGCAGAUAUCAGAGAUGAUCUCCGAGGACAUAGUCUCCCCCACACAAAAGCACCAUCCCAGGACUUGUAUAGAGCUCAAGAGACGGCCUUCUCUGUCCUCCAAAGAGGGUACAAGUACAGACACACCAGGAGACACGGCAAGCCCGCAGGUCAGCGACGAGAAGAAGGUUCAACGAGAUUGGAGUGACUUUAAAAUUUGAUGACUCCUUCCACUGUCCCGCAAGAGACAGCCAUCAGCCCUAAAGAAUAUUCAUCAUUCUCCACCCAUUCAAUCAUGCAAAUUGCACCAGUGAGCGGAAACUCAGAUGGGACAAAGUAAACAGCAUGUCUGUGCUUUCUUCACUUUCAUCAAUCUGCCCUCCUGCGUCUCCUCCAGCUUUACAGUGUCAGUCGUGACCCUCUCGUCCAGUGAGAACUCAAACCUAAAGGACUCAAAGCAACAAACAGAUGGCAGCAGCAGCAGCAACAGUCCCGAAUGGGA